ACCGGUGCCACCGCAUUCGCAUAAACGCUUCUUGGCUCUCGCGACGCGUACGAGCUUUCAGUUGUCAAGUUGAACAGAGUUGAGAAAAAAACCGACAGAUCAACAUGAGGGAAAUCGUGCACAUCCAAGCUGGUCAGUGCGGAAACCAAAUUGGAGCUAAGUUUUGGGAAAUAAUCAGUGACGAGCAUGGAAUUGACCCGACCGGCGCCUACCACGGAGACUCCGAUCUCCAGUUGGAGAGGAUCAACGUUUACUACAAUGAGGCGUCCGGUGGAAAAUACGUUCCUCGUGCCAUCCUAGUUGAUCUGGAGCCCGGCACCAUGGACUCUGUCCGCUCAGGUCCAUUCGGUCAAAUCUUCCGCCCCGACAACUUCGUCUUCGGACAGAGCGGAGCCGGAAACAACUGGGCCAAGGGUCACUACACCGAGGGUGCCGAGCUGGUGGACUCCGUCUUGGACGUCGUGAGGAAGGAGGCUGAAAGCUGCGAUUGUCUUCAAGGUUUCCAGCUCACCCACUCCCUCGGCGGUGGUACCGGAUCCGGAAUGGGAACCCUCCUGAUCUCAAAAAUCCGCGAGGAGUACCCGGACAGAAUAAUGAACACCUACUCCGUCGUUCCUUCACCAAAAGUAUCCGACACCGUAGUCGAACCCUACAAUGCCACCCUCUCGGUUCAUCAACUGGUCGAAAACACCGACGAAACUUACUGUAUUGACAACGAAGCAUUGUACGACAUCUGCUUCCGUACCUUGAAACUAUCCACACCGACCUACGGCGACCUUAACCAUCUCGUAUCCCUCACCAUGUCUGGAGUAACCACCUGCCUCAGAUUCCCGGGUCAGCUGAACGCCGACCUCAGGAAACUUGCCGUCAACAUGGUACCCUUCCCUCGUCUUCACUUCUUCAUGCCCGGAUUCGCGCCCCUCACAUCUCGCGGCAGUCAGCAAUACCGCGCCCUCUCUGUCCCCGAACUCACCCAGCAGAUGUUCGACGCCAAAAACAUGAUGGCAGCCUGUGACCCGCGACACGGAAGGUAUUUGACGGUGGCAGCUAUCUUCAGAGGAAGAAUGUCGAUGAAGGAAGUCGACGAACAGAUGUUGAACAUCCAGAACAAGAACAGCUCGUACUUCGUCGAAUGGAUCCCGAACAACGUGAAGACCGCAGUGUGCGACAUCCCACCUCGUGGACUGAAGAUGUCGGCUACCUUCAUCGGUAACUCCACCGCCAUCCAAGAGCUGUUCAAGAGGAUCUCAGAGCAGUUCACCGCUAUGUUCAGGAGGAAAGCUUUCUUGCAUUGGUACACCGGUGAGGGUAUGGAUGAGAUGGAAUUCACCGAGGCUGAGUCCAACAUGAACGAUCUGGUCUCUGAAUACCAGCAGUACCAGGAGGCUACCGCCGACGAGGACGCCGAGUUCGACGAAGAGCAAGAAGCCGAAGUUGACGAGAACUAGGUCUCCUUACACCUAGCCCUAUAGAUCUGCUCCCAGUAUCUUACCCCCUUGUCCUUUUCCCUCCCAGCGCCCCUGUCCCAACGCUUUAUUCAUACUUGUGUUUUCGUUAGAUCGUUUUCUUACGGACCGUAUAUCGACCAUGACAGCAGCCAGGCCGCGCGCUUUCCUUAUCAUUUCCCACCACCAUUACCACCUUCACCUAAGCCGGAAAAUGUCAACGAAUUGUUAACAACCGUUGGUAAAAUGUUUGCGGUGAAAUUGAAUGCUGUAGUGUGUUUUUUGUAUUUUGAUUGUUUUCUGAACGGUAAACAAUAUAAAAGAGAAAGAAACAUCAACAACAAAUAAUAAGAAAAAAGAAACAACAACAAAAAGUACUGUCUUUUGAAUAAUUUGUUUUUUCAUUCUCGAUAGUUAUUUCUUAUCUUACAAUUUACCAAACGCUAGUUAACGUGUUUAGGAGACGCGCUCUUACCAGCCAGCUUAGUAUCUAUAUUUUCGAUUGCUGUUGAAAUUGAUUGUUUUUCUUUUCUUUUUCUUUGUGGUAUUUUAGUUUUUAUACAAAUGUAAUUGUACACAUAUUGUCGCGACUACUCUGUUGUAAAACCGUUGGCAACACAUUCCGAAUAAAAGUAUAUAGGUAUCGUUACAACUCUCGUAACAAAGACUGACGCCUUGUGUUUAAUUCUUUAUCUCGUUUACUUCUAUUCAUGUUUUAUCUGUUCUUCAUGUUUUGUAAUUUUCUUUUAUUUUGGUUCGUAAACGAAGGUCAAAUUAUUUCUGGUUGUGUAGCGCGUCUUGUAUCGAUCCUCCAAUGUGUAAAGUCAUCUGCGAGGUUGCCACAAUCUUAUAAUAAAUUAUUAUGAAAUAAAAGUACAUUUUAUUAACACGUA